AUGGCAAGCCUAAAGUGGGUCAGCAAACUACUGGAGGAUGUGACCUGCCCCAUCUGUGAGGAAAUUCUACGGGAUCCUGUCAUCACUGACUGUGGGCACAACUUCUGCCUGCAAUGCAUCAAUCAGAAAACUACAGCUACAGAAAACCCCCAAUGUCCACUCUGCAAACUCCCUGUGGAUAAGAAUGCAUUCAGGCCCAAUAAGCAGUUGGCUAGUCUUGCAGAGAAAAUCCAGGCUAUGGAUCUUGCUGAGGACCAAUCAGAAGAAGUGCCAAGAUGUCCGGAGCACAAGGAAAAGUUCCAUUAUUUCUGUGAGAAAGAUGGAGAGUUCCUCUGCUUGGUGUGUCGUGACUCCAAGGACCACAAAACCCAUGAAGUUACCUUGAUAGAUGAGGCUGCCCAGAACUACAAGGUGCAGAUUGAGACACAGGUCCAGAUCUUGGGGCAAAAGGAUGAGGAAAUAAUUAAAAAGAAAAAGGAAUGUGAAGGAGCAAUGCAGGUGUUCAGGGGCAUCAAAAACGUCUUGGGCAGAUCAACAUAUCUUUACAGGGACAAAGAAUAUGAGUUUCACAACCCAACCCCAGUUUCUAUGAACCUGGAGAAAAAAAUCAGUGAAGCAAAAGAAAGACACGAGUCCAUCAUAGAAAGUCUGAAGGAAUUAAUAGACAACCUGACCACUGAAUGGAAGGAAGAUAAAAGCACAUUCCUGAACAGCCUGGAUAAGAAGGACAUGGAGAACUGGCGCCUGUUACAGAAGAAUAACUCAGAUUUGCCCACCUCAGUACCUAUGACCCUGGACUCCACUUCAGCUGACCCAAACCUCAUCUUUUCUCAGGAUCUAAAGAAAGCAAGCUUGUAUGUCGUCAACGGCACAUUGAAUACGCAGGCAAAACCUCGACAAUUUUAUCCUUUCCACUGUGUGAGGGGCUCCCCAGGCCUCUCCUCUGGCCGUGGGGUGUGGCAGGUGAAAAUACGGGGACCCCUAGAUAGAGUUGGCAUAGUGGGCGUGGUUGCCCAAUUAUCUCAGGGUUUCCAGAUUCAGAACUCUGAGCCAUGCUGCUUGUGGGCACUGAGAGUCUCGUCCUCUGACUGUCAGCCAAUCACCAAUUGCAGUAGCCAGGAGAAUCUGCCAAUCAGUCUUACGAAAGUGGGCGUCUACGUGGAUUAUGACCGUGGAGAUAUCGUCUUCUAUGAUGCCAUCACUAACAAGCACAUCUACACCUUCCAAACUUCCUUUGACAGACCGGUAUUCCCUUAUUUUGGGCUCGAAACUGCCCGCAGCUCUAUCAUCCUGAGCCUUUAG